UUAAAAGACACUCACCAAACCAAACCACUUACUACUUCAGUUGGUUCACCACUCACAAUUCAGUCAUAUUUUCUAACUUUUAUUACCUCAUUUUCAUCAUCUAACAUAAAAACACACACAUGAGGAUUAUUAUUGAAGGGAAAGGAAGGAAGAGAGUUUAACUAUAGAUGGGUUGUUUCGGGUUGGAUGGCGGUAGAAGUAAAAAGCUUAAGAAUGGUUGCUUUGAACGUUCAUCCCCUGCAUUACAACAAAUUCUGCUUCAGCUAUUUCGAGAUCAAAAGCCAGUGGAUAUUGAUCAUCAUUUAUAUGAGUUUGGGUCUGUGGAAUACCAUGUUCAGACCACUGCUUCAGAUCCACAAAACAUCUAUUUGUCGAUUUCGACUCCAAUACUCUCCCCCAGAACACUGGUAUCACAAGGACUGUGUCCUUACACUAUACAAAGGGUGAAAGAUAUAAGUCCUAAUGUGGUUGAAAUACUAAACAUGGCAAGAGAUGGAUACCAAUUGACAUUACAGCUGAAUACUGACAACGUUCCACAAGGCAAAGCUGGAGUGAAGAUAAUUAAGGAGAUUGCUGCAGUAGCAUCUGUAAUAUUGAGCUCUCAACUGAAAGAAAUGCUCCGAAAUUUUAGUGCAGAGGAUGCUCCAGAAGGGACUUACAAACCAAUCAAGUGUAUAUAUCACCCAAGAGAGCCCCUCUUUGUCAUCAGACAGCCGCAGAAGAUUACUGUUGUAUUCCCAAUGAGAUUCAAAGAAACUUCAGAUGUGGUAAUAGCAACGUCCUUCUUCCAGGACCUCAUGGACAUUGGAAACUCUGAGGCAUUUGCUAAAGCACCUCCAUGCACGUGGUCACCCAUUCCUCCUCCAGAGUUGAGAGGAGAACUCAUGGAAGACUUGAGCACCAAUGGAGGAUUUGUCUCUUUUGACAUAUUUUCGCGCCAUGUUGAUGACAAAAGACUGGAUAGUACUGUGUGGAAUUUGCUGAACUUCUACACCUAUGUUAAAUCUUAUAUAAAGGUACUACUUGUAGCGGCUCCUACUGUUUUAACAACAACAAUUUCACAUCUUGAUUUAAUGAGAGGAUUGCUGCAGGGCACCAAGGGAUUCAUACAAAGAAAGAUGAGGCAGAGGUUGGAAGAUUUGGUCAAGAUCUUGUAUAAACCAGACGUAGAAGAAGAUGAUCGUGAACAACAGGUUCGAGGAUGUGGCUGGAAGAUAAAGCCUAUCAACUCUUCAAGAUUCAGAAAACUCAGAAAACAAUAUGGUGAUUUCAAGAGAAAGAUAAAGAGAAUAAGAUACCGGAUUAGAAUUCACGGAUUCAGUGAAUUGAACAGAAAGAUCAAGAGAAUCCAUCAUCAGAUUAAGAUCCGGGGGCCCCAAUGGUUUUGUACCCCCAAAUUUCACUCUGCAAACAGAUAUACAAAAUUAGAGUAAUUCUAUUCAAGUAUUGAUCAGUAAAUUAUGGGUGCACAAAGACCAGUUAGCAGCUUGUUAAUGGGCAGAGGCUGACUGAUUACCACAGCUGCAAGCACACCAAGCAGCUUCUGGUACUCUCCACAAUACUUCUUAACUGUAGCCACAAAUGCUUAUGUAAACUUAAAUUCAUUGAGUAGCAUACUUAUCUAACUACAAAGAGCAGAAAUAUGAUGCCCUGCAGAAAAUUAGAGACGUGCCAUCAGUUUGUGUUCCUCUUUUACAUCUUUAUAGAUCCAAAUGUUUAGAAGUUAAAUCAAAGUUAAUUAAAAUUGACAUGGUUGUUUCACUCUA